CCUUUUUAAGUUCAGUGGGGGAAGAGAAAGGGGGACUCUGAAAUACGAAGACAAAAAGACACUAAACAGACCUGAAAGGGCCCUGUCUUCUACACGGGAAGACUAUUGUCAAAUCAAAGGUUGAUUAUAUGUUAACAUUUCGUAUUUGCAUCAUUCAUUAUUGGCUAGCUAUAACUAAAGCGGGUAGCUUGGUUUGUUAGCUAACUAACAUCGGCUAGCUAGCUUGAACUAACUAGCUAACCCAUUUAGCUACAACACGGAAGAGAAAAAGCAACACGAAACGAAGGUCUUGACUGCCUGAACCACGACAAAAAAAUAAGUAAAAUGGCGGAGCCGGACAAAUUAAACAUCGACUCCAUAAUACAGCGUCUUCUGGAAGUUAAGGGCUCUCGGCCAGGCAAGAACGUUCAGCUGACAGAGAACGAGAUCCGUGGCCUUUGCCUCAAGUCUCGCGAAAUCUUCCUCAGCCAGCCAAUCCUGCUCGAGCUUGAGGCACCACUCAAGAUCUGCGGUGACGUCCAUGGUCAGUACUACGACCUGCUGCGGCUGUUUGAGUACGGAGGUUUCCCCCCGGAGAGCAACUACCUGUUCCUAGGGGACUACGUGGACCGAGGGAAGCAGUCCCUGGAGACCAUUUGCUUGCUUCUGGCCUACAAGGUCAAAUACCCAGAGAACUUCUUCUUGCUGCGCGGCAACCACGAGUGUGCCUCCAUUAACCGUAUCUAUGGCUUUUAUGACGAGUGUAAGAGACGGUAUAACAUCAAGCUGUGGAAGACGUUCACAGACUGCUUCAACUGUUUACCCGUGGCUGCCAUUGUAGAUGAGAAGAUCUUCUGCUGCCAUGGAGGCCUCUCUCCAGACCUCCAGUCCAUGGAGCAGGUGCGCAGAGUGAUGCGACCCACAGAUGUGCCUGACCAGGGCCUGCUGUGUGACCUGCUGUGGGCCGACCCAGACAAAGAUGUCCUGGGCUGGGGCGAGAACGACCGCGGGGUCUCUUUCACAUUCGGGGCAGACGUGGUGGCCAAAUUUCUGCACAAACACGACAUGGACCUUAUAUGCAGGGCACAUCAGGUGGUAGAAGACGGUUACGAGUUCUUUGCAAAGAGACAGCUUGUUACUCUGUUCUCUGCCCCUAACUACUGUGGAGAGUUUGAUAAUGCCGGUGCCAUGAUGAGUGUGGAUGAGACCCUCAUGUGUUCCUUUCAGAUUCUCAAGCCAGCGGAUAAGAAGCUCUACUCUUAUGGUGGAGGUGGAGGAAUGGGAUCUGGACGCCCCGUCACCCCGCCACGGAAUUCCGCCAAAGGCGGAAAGGCCAAGAAAUAACACCCACUGGACCCCCCCCUCCCUGAACCAAGCACCCCCCCACCCCCAUACUCUUUCUCUACCUCCCUACAUUUCCCCUCAUCACCAAACAGCAACAAAGCAGACAGUACCUAGGGUUCGGUCCUCUUUUUCUCUGAUACUGUUUUUAACUGUUUGAGUGUAUGUAUGUCCGUGUGUCUGAAAGAGAGGUUUAUUGUAUUCUGUUUGUAUGUCCUUCCUUUCCCCUGCUCUGUUCUCCUGUCACUUUGUAGAUGAAAUUGGUCCUUCUUUUCAGUGAUGUAAAUGCACACCUGGGGGGGAGGAGGGGAAAGGAGCCUUUACUGUUUGUUAGGGCCCUGCACUGUUUUGAUGCUCAACACAAGCUUUUGUACAUCCUGUUUGAGAGGUGUGUAUGGAAUGGGGUCAAUCUGCAUGGUCAGAUGGUAACAACGGCACACACUGAGAGCACAGGUGAAUAUGUGCAGAUGGACCCUUUUCGUUUAUGGAUUCACAAAGAUCAAGAAGCGGACACGUUUAUUUUUUUUCUCCCAAAAACCAAUGAUUUGAAAACGCAAUCAUGGAUGUGAAAUAGUUUGGCUUUUCUGUUUUUUUUGUUUUUUUGUAGAUGCAUAAAAAAAGGUUUGAAUCGUUGAGUUUUAGUUUAUUUGGAAGCCGAUUAUUAAUAAAGAACCAUUUAUUUAAAAUA